AUGGUAGGCCCUGAGUGCACUGUUGUGGCUGCUGUAAAGUCUGAAGCAGCCACUAUUAUCGGAUAUGUGGGAGGUGUUGCUACAAGUAUCAAAAUUUGUGAAGAUACGGCCUAUUUUACAGCUUCUGGAGAUGAGAUUCAUAUUCAGGACUGUGUUUUUGUUGUGGUGCAGCUGGACAAAGAGAGAAUAAGCCACGACUUUGUGGUUGUUGAUAAGCUCAUUGUUCCGGAAGCCACAACUGUCAAGCAGGGGGCCUGCAUUUCCCUAGAGGCAAAGACGUCAGGGGUACCACUCUUGCUCCAUCCUCAACAAAGUAACACAAAUUGUGUGUCUGCAUUAGUGGAUGGUGAUGAUUGUGAAUCGGAUGUGGUUUAUAAGUGUGCAAUACCAUUCUUUGUUGAUAACUGUCGCUCUGAGCUACCAACAUGUUCAAACAAAACAUUAUCUCUGAUCAUCCAAGACAACCAAGAUCUUUUCAGAACAGUGCCUGGACUGACUUCUCUAGCAUGUCACUAUAUUCCUACUUCUGGAUCCUCAAUACGAGUUCCACCUCGAUGGAUACCUGCUCAUUAUCGCAAUGAGGUUGAAAUUCAAAUCAAAGAUAUGUUAGCACAAGGCAUCAUAGAAGAAAGCGCUAGUUCAUGGAUGGUACCAGCAGUAUUUGUGAAAAAGAAAUCAGGUGAACUCAGAUUGUGUGUUGAUUAUCGAGAACUUAGCAAAAGAAUUUCUAAAGAUGCCUAUCCUCUGCCACUUGUUGAUGAAGUACAAGAUCGUUUGGCCAGAUCCACAGUAUUUACUAGUCUUGAUCUGCGAAAUGGAUAUUGGCAAAUACUAGUUCAUGAGUCAGAUCAACACAAAACUGCGUUUUGCCCUGAACCGACUUUAGGCCUUUUUCAGUUUAAUUAAAAGAUUGCCGUUUGGACUGACAGGUGCUCCUAUCUCAUUUCAGCGACCGAUGGACAAACUUUUUCAUGAUCUUCCCUUUGUUACUGCUUAUGUGGAUGACCUUUUCAU